CUUGCAUUAUUGUUGAUAUCAUAUUGAUAUAGCCAACUGUAGGGACUCAAAUACAUACAAUAUAUUUACACACACUUCUGCAGAUUUAGGAUGAUUGGAAUGUUACAUUCAAAAUCAUUAUGAAAAUACUAAAGAGAUGUCUGUAAAAAAAUUCUUUUAUAUGUUUUUACACAAAUAUCUACUUGAAGUUUUUAUCUUACAUUAGGUUACAGCCACACAAUUAUGUGUGAUCCAAAUGUUGCUACUAAACCAGAAGAUCGAAAAUGGUUAUACUUUGUUGGUAUAUCAUUGGCUCUGUAUUUUGGUGGUAUAUUAUUAAUCUUAUUUGUACGUGUGAUAAUACAUCUAUCUCAAUCAGAUCGCAAAAAAAACUUGAAUGUUGAAGAAGAUUUUGUAGAAUUGCAAGAUGGAAUAUAUUUAAAACUGGUUGAACUUGCUGGAAUUCUUGAUUCUGCUCAAAAUUUUCAAGGAAAAAUUUUGCAUGUUGCUUCUUUCAUCUUAAACCUCACUUGUGUAGCAAUGUAUGUUGCAACAACAUCUGAUCCUAUUGAACAUUGCUUUUCGAUUGAUCACACGUUGUGGAAAGUUGAAGUUGUUAUAUACAUUUUUUUUGUUAUUCAUCUAUGCAUUAGGGUUUUUGCAUCACAUGACAAGUUAUCAUUAUGGUCUACAGAUAUAGCAAUUAUAGUUGAUUUAUUAACCAUGCCUACAAUAUUUUUACCUGUUCUAUUCAAUCAAUAUUGGUUAGGAUUGAGGUUUUUACGUGCCAUAAAUUUAACUAGAAUUGAUGAAAUUUUACAAUUUCUUAAUGUUCUUAAAUCUGGACAUUCUGUUGAAAUGAUGUCAAUGCUAGGCAAUUUUCUUACUGUCUGGUUGGUAUCAGCUGGAAUGGUUCAUUUGAUAGAAAAUACUGGCGAUCCAUGGAGUCCCAUCAGCUAUCAAAAUGCUAGACAAAUUAACUAUUUUGAUUCAACUUAUUUUUUAUUAGUUACUAUGUCAACAGUUGGAUAUGGUGAUAUAACAUGUAAGACAUAUCUAGGCAGGAUAUUUGGAAUGAUGUUUAUUGGUGUUGGAUUGGGUUUGUUUGCAUCCUAUCUUCCUGCAAUUUCAAAUUUUUUCGCUUCACACACAAAGUAUAAUAAAGAGUUUAAUAUAAUACCAGGAAAAAAAUUUGUAAUUGUUUGUGGAUACAUAACUCAUGAAAGUGUUUCUUCGUUCUUAAGAGAUUUUCUUCAUUGCGACAGAAAUGAUAAUGCUACUAUGGUUGUAUUUUUAGCUCCGUCUUUUCCUGAUGUAAACAUCCAAACAUCUCUUAAAAAGUUUGAAACCAGAGCAUGUUACUUUAUGGGAACAGUAUACUCUUCUGUUGAUGCUAACAGAGUAAAGAUCAAAAAUUCAGAUGCUGUAAUUGUAUUGUGUAAUAAGAAAUGUGUCAAUCCAGAUGAAGAAGAUGCAGCAAAUAUUACUAGAGUGAUUGCUGUUAAAAACUUUCAUGAACGUGUUCGCUGCAUUGUACAAUUGAUGAUGAAUCGCAACAAAGUACAUUUGAUGAAUUGUCCACAAUGGAGUAUAGAAAAUGGUGAUGCCAUUAUUUGCAUUAAUGAACUUAAGCUUGGAUUUAUGGCUCAAAAUUGCAAUGCACCUGGUUUUUCGUCGCUGGUUGGAAAUUUAUUUGGAAUGCGGAGUAAUGUGAUUAAAGAGGCUAUUUCAGAAUGUGAGCAAUGGAAAGCUGCUUAUAUGUUAGGAGCUGCUAAUGAAAUGUAUUCAAGCUAUCUAUCUAAUUCAUUUGUUGGUAUGACCUUUCCACAAGCUGUUGAAUUGUGUUACGAGAAAUUGAAUUUGUUGCUUAUUGCAAUUGAAUUGAAAACAAAGAAUGGAAAACAAUUUGUCAUAAAUCCUAUGGACAAAAAGUUGAGGUUGACAAGAAAUACACGAGGAUUUUUUAUAUGUCAAAAUGCUUUUGAUGUUGAAAGAGCAUUGCGUUAUUGUUCAGCAUGUCAUAAAGAUUUAAUUGAUCCAGAAAAAAUGGUGAAAUGUAAAUGCAGAAGAAAUCGAAUCAUUGUAAAAACUGCUAAGAAUAAAUCAGAUGAUCCUCUAAAUUUACUUAUUAUUGAAGAAGAAGAUGAAAAAAAUAACGCUCGUCAAUUGACUGAGGAUUAUUUUCCGAAUGGUGAAAAACCAAAAUUUGAUCAAACUGGAACAUUUUACUGGUGUGAAAGCAGACCAUUUGAGGCUGCUAAAAUGACAUUAGAGGAAGCUGCUAAAGAGAAUUUUCAUAAUCAUGUAGUAGUGUUGGUUUUGUCCAAUAGGUUUUCACCUUCUCUUGAACUGCGUCAAUUGGUGCUGCCAUUACGUGCAAGCAAUAAUGUACCCAAUAUGUUGAAAAAAAUUGUCAUUUUAGGCAAUGGAGAUUUUCUACAGAAAGAGUGGUUGCGAUUGGCAAACUUCCCAGAUGUUAGUGUAGUAAUAGGCUCGCCAUACAGUCGUCACGAUCUUCGAUCAGUAAAUGUCCAAACAGCAGACAUGUGCAUUUUAUUAUCUCCCGGAAAUCAAUCAGCUGGUGAACUGGAACAUCAAGCACUUUCAGACAAAGAAGUUAUUUUACUUACACUAAAUUUAAAAGCUAUGCAGUUUGCAGCUGAUAACACUGAAAAUGAUUUUCAGGAUCUGUUAUCUAAAAAUGCAAUCACUUUACUUGAAAAAAAUGGUGUAGAAAAAAAUAGCUCCGAAAGUUUUUUUCAAACAAAACCUUUCUCUGUUAAAGAAACUUCUGAGACUUAUACUCUAAAAAUUAUUACUGAGUUAAUUUACAAUACCAACUCAAUGUUUUUGGAUCAAGAUGAUAUGAAUAUUUACGAUGAUGAACAUUUUUAUCAGGCUCAACCAUAUGCAUGUGGCUCAAUAUUUACAGUUUCAGUUCUUGAUUCAUUAGUAAGUGCGACAUACUUUAAUGGUGACAUUUUGACUCUUGUUCAAAACCUUGUGACCGGAAGUGUUAGCUCAGAGUUGGAUGAGUUGUUAGCAGAAGGGAAACAGCCUCUUGGAUAUUUUGAAACUUUAGAUAUUGCGGCAGUUAGGAAUCGUUGUCGAAUAUCACAAUUAGAUCUUUCUGAUGGCCCAUUAGCAGAAUUUGGGGAAUGUGGAGUUUUUGGCGAUUUGUUCUUGUAUGCUUUACGCACCUAUAACAUGAUAUGCUUGGGUUUAUUCCGACUUCGUGAUAUGGAAGGGCUGCAGACUAAGUGUACAAAAAGAUAUGUUAUUACAUUUCCAGCAUUUAAUUUUUUACUAGCUCCAACUGAUCGUGUGUUUGUAUUAAUGCAGUUUCAAGCUAUUAAAAAAAAGAGAAUAAAUUUUACAAAACUCUCUACAGGUGCAUUGCAACAAGAAUAGAGAUUUUUAGUUUUUUCUCUUACAUUUAAGUAAUAAAAUCCAUUUUAAGAUGCUAAAAAUUUAGUGAAGAUAGAGUUAGAGUUGUUACCACAUUUUUAUAAAAGCUACUAACAUAGAAGAAGCAACUACCACAUAUAUAUAUAAAAUUUAUUCAUGAACUAUAACUUAUUGUGGUUAUGUUAUGAAAUAUAUAAGCAUAUUGUAUAUAUAUAUAUAUAUAUAAAGAUAUGUUAAGAUUGUAUGAAUGAAGUAUUUAAUUUAAUUAAAAA